AUGGUCAAGGAGACUAAACUCUACGAAGCACUAGGCAUAUCGGAAUCAGCAACGCAAGACGAGAUCAAGAAAGCAUAUCGGAAAGCGGCACUGAAGUGGCAUCCCGACAAGAACAAGGACAACCCACAAGCCUCGGAGAAGUUUAAAGAAUGCUCACAGGCUUACGAGAUCCUUUCCGACCCCGAGAAGCGUAAGACGUACGAUCAGUAUGGCCUAGAGUUCCUACUACGCGGCGGCGUACCACAAGAGGAUGCCGGGGGCCCUGGAGCCAAUCCAUUUGCAGGUGCAGGAGGUCCCGGAGGAUUUCCAUUCACAUCAUCUGGUGGCAUGCCCGGCGGCACACGAACAUUCCAUUUCUCGACAGGCGGCGGCGGAAACGGCUUCAACUUCUCAAAUGCCGACGACAUCUUUGGCGAAUUCAUGCGCAAUAGCGCCGGUGGCGGUGGCGGCGGCGAUGACUUCGAUUUCGGCGGCUUUGGCAUGGGCGGAAUGCCUGGCGGAAUGGGUGGAAUGCCUGGUAUGGGUGGUAUGGGCGGAGGCGCCGGUGGAAAAGGCGGUAGAUUCCGAGGCGGCCGACGAGCACCAGAGCCUGAAGUCACAGUCGUCGAGAAGCCACUGGCAGUUAGCUUGGAAGAGCUUUACAACGGUACCACCAAGAAGCUCAAGAUCAAGCGCAAGACAUACGACCAAAGCACGGGCAAGCAGAGCACUCAAGAUCGGAUCCUCGAAGUACCGAUCAAGAAGGGUUUGAAGCCGGGAAGUAAGAUCAAGUUCUCAGACGUUGGCGACCAAGUCGAGGGUGGAACACAGGACUUGCAUUUCAUUGUUUCUGAGAAACCCCACGCAAUGUUUACACGCGAAGGCGAUGAUAUUAAACAUGUCAUUGAACUCGAUCUCAAAGAGGCUCUGACGGGUUGGCGCCGGACUGUACAAACCAUCGACGGUAAACAACUCAGCGUCGGCAGUGGCGGUCCCACCGGCCCCAACUGGACAGAAAGAUACCCCAACUUGGGUAUGCCCAAAUCCAAGAAGCCAACAGAGCGCGGAGACUUCAUUGUUGGUGUCAAGAUCAAGUUCCCCACGAGCUUGACAAGUGCACAGAAGGAGAAGUUGAAGGAAAUUCUAUAG